UGAACAGAUUCUCCUCAUGCCGAUGUUAUUACUGUUGGAGGUCUGCGGUGGCAGUUCGCUGGCUGAGCCCAACAACAAAAGGUGGUUUUAUCCUAUUAGCGGAAUGCUAACGUGUUCAAUUCCUCUCCGGCGGAUCUGUCUGUCUCUUUGGAUGCAGCAGGUAGAGAGGAAAAAAACGAAAGAAGACCCAAUUGCAGUGCAACAGUCCAAGGCACACAGAUUGAUCCCACCUAUGCUGGUACAACAGAACAAGGGCGAAGACUGCAAAGGUUUUCACUCUGCCAGCUCCAAGGCAUCCAGAACAACUCGCUCAGAUGAGGACAGAGACAUCGGCUGGGACGCCUGGGGCGCCUGGAGUGACUGCUCUCGAACCUGUGGAGGAGGAGCCUCCUAUUCUCUGCGCCGCUGCCUCAAUGGAGGAAGCUGCGAUGGAAAAAACAUCCGCUACCGAACCUGCAGCAGCACAGAUUGCCCUGCAGAGUCGGGCGAUUUCCGGGCCCAGCAGUGUUCGGCCCACAAUGAUAUCAAGUACCAGGGUGUCACCUAUGAGUGGGUCCCCGCACCUUAUGACCCCCUGGCCCCCUGUGCCCUGCAGUGCCAGGCGAAAGGGAGAAGCCUCACCGUCGAACUUGCCCCUAAGGUGCUUGAUGGCACACGAUGCCGAGCAGAUGCCCCCGACAUGUGCAUCAACGGAGUCUGUCAGGACGUGGGCUGUGAUCGACAGCUGGCCAGCGGCGCCAAGGAGGACAACUGCGGCGUCUGCGCCGGUGACGGCUCCACAUGCCGGCUGGUGCGAGGACAGACUCUGCCCCACCUGACACCAGAACAACCUCUGAAGACACUUCUGGAGGUGCCGGUGGGAAGUCGCCUUCUCAGACUCGGUGCCAAAGGACCUGAUGCGAUAGUCAUUGAAGCUGUGUCUCUUCAAGGACAGAAGGAGGAGACCAGCCUGACGUCCACAGGCGCCUAUGUGAUCGGAAACACAUCACUGGACUUUCAAAGAGGGACGGACAGACAGACACUCAGGACACAUGGUCCACUCAAAGCUGAUUAUAUAAUCAAGUUGAAGUAUAGAGGCCCUCAGGACACAGUCGUGCAGUUUCUAUUCUACCAGCCAAUUAGAUACCAGUGGAGAGAAACUGACUUCUUCCCCUGCUCCGUUUCUUGUGGAGGAGGUUAUCAGCUGAACUCUGCCGAGUGCAUAGACGUCCGGUCCAACCUGACCCUGCCUGAGCACCACUGCAACAGCUAUCCUGAAAACACCAAACCAACACCGAAGCUCAAGGAGUGCAACAUGGACCCCUGCAAAGAAGGUGAUGGAUUUAAAGAGGUGAUGCCAUAUGAUCAUUUCCAGCCUCUGCCUCGCUGGGAGCAGGGACCCUGGACCCAGUGCUCAGUGUCCUGUGGCGGCGGUGGCUGGCAGGACCGGAGUGUGCUGUGUGUUGAGGAAGACAGCCACGGACAGUUCUCCCAGGUGGAGGAGUGGAAGUGCACCCAUUCCCCGCGACCAGUCACCCGACAGAUUUGCAACACUUUUCCCUGCCCGCAGUGGGUAGCCAUGGAGUGGUCUCAGUGCACAGUGACGUGUGGACGUGGCCUGCGUUACCGUGUGGUUCUGUGCAUCGACCAUCGUGGGCAGCACAUCGGAGGCUGUGAAACAUCACUGAAGCCUCACGUUAAAGAAGACUGUCUGGUCCCAAUCGCCUGCCACAAGACCAGAGAGUCUGUGCCAGUGGAGGCCAAGGUUCCUUGGUUAAAACAAGCCCAUGAACUGGAGGAACAUUACACUGCUACAGAGGAUCCCACGUGA